GCCUCAUCCUGUGAGCUGCGGUCAUGAGUUCCUUUGUGACUCUGUCGUCAGGUCAGAGGAUGCCCUUGGUAGGGCUGGGCACCUGGAAGAGUAGCCCUGGACAGGUGAAGCAGGCGGUCCUAGCGGCUCUAGACUUCGGUUACAGACACAUCGACUGUGCCGCUGCCUACAGCAACGAACAGGAAGUGGGCGACGCCCUGGCAGAGAGGGUGGGGCCUGGGAAGGCGCUGCGCCGAGACGAGGUGUUUGUGACGUCCAAGCUGUGGAACACCAAGCACCACCCUGAGGACGUGGAGCAGGCCUGCAGGAGCAGCCUGGCCCAGCUGGGCCUCUCUUUCCUGGACCUCUACCUCAUGCACUGGCCCAUGGCCUUCCAACGCGGGCCAGAACUCAUGCCUAAGAGGGCGGAUGGGAGUGUGUGUUACGCCGACACACACUACCGGGACACCUGGGUUGCCAUGGAGACUCUGGUAGACAAGGGUCUGGUGAAAGCCAUCGGAUUGUCGAACUUCAACGCGAGACAGACCGAUGAUGUCCUCAGCAUUGCUAAACACAAGCCUGUUGUCAACCAGGUGGAGUGUCACCCGUAUCUGUCCCAGGCAGAGCUGCUGUCUCACUGCCGCUCGGUGGCUGUGUGUGUGACGGCCUACAGCCCCCUGGGCAGCGGGGACCGGCCCUGGGCCUCGCCUAGUGAGCCCUGCCUGCUGGAGGAGCCCAAACUGGGGGCCAUUGCCCGGAGGCUCCACAAGAGUCCUGCCCAGGUCAUCCUCAGGUGGCACGUGCAGAGGGGCGUGGUGUGCAUCCCUAAGAGUGUCACGCCCUCCCGGAUCCAGCAGAACCUGCAGGUGUUUGACUUCAGCCUCUCGGAGAGCGACAUGGUGGAGGUCGCCUCGCUCAACCACAACCAGCGCUUCAUCGUGCCAGCCGUAGAGAGGGAUGGUGAAAGGGUGUGGAGAGAUGCGGAACAUCCUCAUUUCCCCUUCCUGGAUUCUUACUGAUCUCAAGACACAAGAUUAGAAUCCUAACCCUACACCUCUUUGCAUUUUAACCCUUGUGCUGCCUUCGGGUCACAAUGACCCCAAGGUUCACAAUGACCAACGACCCAUCGUUGUGUUGCGACAACUUAACCCAAUACAAAACCAAAAUAAUUUAUAAUCAAAACCUUCACGCUGUGGGGGGUGUGAGACAGCCCAACGGUUAAAAAAUGCUUCACUUUAUUUUUGUAUUAGGUAAAGUUGUCGCAACACAACGGGUCACAAUGACCCUACAGUAACACAAGGGUUAAAUGUAUUUUCAAUCACUGUUGCAAAUGGCCUGAAAUGUAUUUGUCUAAAUAGAUAACACUCUGUGAUUCAGAGUUCACUAUAUUUUAAACAUGUGGAUCUAGGAGAGCCGUUUCAUUCCAGUACUGUCCUCAUGUGUUCAGAAUGUUUAAUUAGAGAUGAGAAUCACCAAUUACCUUUAAACUAUAGUACAAUGAAGACCCAUACUUGAUAAUCACAUUUUAAUUCAGUGAGAUUUUAUUUUCAACAUUUUCAAACUUGUCAGACAUUAUAUGCUACUGUUCAUAAAAAAUGAAGUUAUUAGCAAUU